AUGAUUUCUAGAAGUAUGAUGUUCAUGCGUAUGCAAAGAAGCAUGGCCAGAGGAAGCAGAGCCUUCUGAUCCACAGACAAGAAGAAAGUCGACUUUGGGUAUGAAAAUGUAGAUUUUGAUGAGAAAGAAGGCAAAGUAAAAGAAGUCUUCCAUAAAGUAGCAAAUAAUUAUGAUAUAAUGAAUGAUGUAACAAGUCUUGGCAUUCAUAGGCUAUGGAAGAACUAUUUUGUCAGCCAAAUUGGCCCUAUGAGGAGAAAAGUUGUGUAUAAUGCAAACGGAGAGCCGACUGAUAAGUAUGAGCCAAUGAAAAUACUUGAUGUUGCAGGAGGUACAGGAGAUAUCGCAUUUUUGAUUCAUGAAGAAGUUAAGAGUCAAAGACAAACCAGUGUUAACGCUGAAGCUGAGAUUACUAUCUCUGAUAUAAACUCUUCAAUGCUUGGAGUUGGAAAGGAUAGAGCCAAGGAAAGAGGGUAUACCAACUUCAAUUGGCUUGAAGCAAAUGCGGAGUCUAUUCCAUCACUUGAAGAUAACACAUUUGAUCUUUACACAAUCUCUUUUGGGAUUAGAAACGUGACUGAUCGUCUGAAAGCCUUAAAAGAAGCUCACAGGAUCCUUAAAAGAGGAGGAAGAUUUAUGUGUCUCGAAUUCUCGGAGGUAAAAAUCCCAAUUUGGAAAGAAAUGUAUGAUGUUUAUUCUAUGAAUAUCAUUCCUUUAAUGGGGCAGAUCAUCUCUAAUGAUAGUGCGAGUUAUCAAUAUUUAGCAGAAAGUAUCCGUAAGUUCCCAAACCAAAUGGAGUUUGCUUCCUUAAUUAAGGAUGCUGGGUUCAAGCAUGUAACCUAUGAGAACCUCUCUGGUGGGAUCUGUGCAAUUCAUUCAGGAUAUAAAUUAUAAGAUUUAGUAUUUAAGGAGGUCCAUGC